AAUAAGAAAGUCGCUUUUAUGUGAAGAUGUCCUCGUAAAGGUGUUUAGAUGUCGUAAUGAUGUACUUACUUUUAUUACUUUAUAACGUCUGGAGAUUUCCAGGACUCACUGCGCAGAGAGCUGCUGUGCUGUGUGUAGAGACGCUAAGAGCCACCAUGAUCCUGCUAACUCCAUCCUCCGGUACGGUUUACUUGCAUUGCUCCAUUCUCAGCAUCUACACAUUCACCCUCAUUUUAAGUGACAGUGCCUCUGACCGUCGUGCUGUGGUUUUCAAUGUUGGGUUACUGCUGGAGAGCAUUCUGUCAUAUGUAUUGUUUUCCCAAUGUUGUCACUGACUAAGGAUUGUGGCGAUUAAGGAGUGACACAAACACGUGAAGCCCACUCGGACGUUAACGUGCCGAGGACAGCUCUGCCGUGGCCCCAAAGAGCCGUGCUUUAACAGUGUGAUAAUUAAAUUUCAUGACUGAUUCAGAUUCUGAUUUCUUCACAGCCAGUUCAUUUUUUUUGGCUGAUUUUUAUUCGCCUUUUUAACCCAGAGCUUACACUGGCUUACCUGGCUCACAUUAUCAAGCAUCUUAAAUUUGCGACACAGGUCAGCCAAAAUAAAAAUAAUAACUAUAUAAAUUGACUGAUUGCAUGUUUGGAGUGUUUUUUCUGAUUCUCUUGGCUAAAUCUGAUGGUGCAUCCCUAAAGUCCACCCCCAAACACUAUAUCAGUAAUAGCUAAAGAGGAUCACAUUCUAUAAUUAGUUUUCAUUAAUCUAGCUCUUGGUCAGUAGCCGUUACCAGGUAACGCCUGAGUUCAGUUACAGAACUUGAGCACCCAUGCCUGGCACUGAUUAGCCAGCAUUCCAGAAAUUCAGCAUUUAAUUCAGUGAACCUGAGCCUGUGCCUUCUAUCUGUGCUGAACAGGGUCUCCGGAAUUUAGCCGGACUUUAGUAACAUAUAUGUGGGAUUUUUUGUAUGGAGUUGAUGUGUAAUUCCUGAUGUUCUGUCCAUGUUUAUGCCCUGUCUGCUUUAUUUGUGCUGAAAAUGCUGCUUUGGAUGUGAAUCAUGAAACAGCUACAAAUGGUUGUUUUUGAAGCCCCAAUUCAGAACAACAGGACGCUUCAUCUACAAGAGGACUGCACUUAGUAGACCUUAGGAAUACACUUCAGCAUGCUUAGAACGUUUAACAUGCUCUCUAUAAGUAAACCUUACACAGUCAGAGCUGUGGAAUGGCAGCAGUGUUGUUUCAGGUCUGUCCCUGAUCUCUCAAAAAAGUCAUGAUACAACCUAAAGCAAUACCACCAUCAACUUUUGCCCUAUGAUCUUUUUUUAAAUCAGUGAUCUACUAAAUAUUUGCCUUUAUACAGGCAACUUAAACAGGUUUCAGUCAUUUGGCUGCAUGUAUCAGUGUUAUUUUUUACAGUUUCCAAAUUUAUACUGAGUAUAAACACUCUAGUGACUGCAUGUGAAAUUAUAUCACAGUUCACCUUGACUGUUUUAAUUACUUAUGUUCAGAAUAAUCAGCUGAAUACACCAGCCAAAUAUUGCCACCAUUAUGGUCUAGACAGAGUUGUUUACCCAUAUGGAGCUGAUUUUCAAGGCUGAUUUUUAUCCUAUUUUUUAACCUAAUUUUAGGCCACUAAGAAUUACUUCAGUAUUUACUAGGGCUGAACGAUUUCCAGAAAAUAUCUUAACCAAUUUUUUGAAUACAUAAACAAUGACACCUGGCUAAAUAAUUUAAAAUAAACUUGAAUGAUUUAAUUGAUUUUACUAGAUUUUGUAAACUAUGUAUUUUGGAAUUUUAUGUUAUUACCAGAACACAUUUUCAGCAACUGGGGUUUUUCUUUUUACCUGUUAAGACAAUGUUGUUGAUAAUAUAGGCUAUAAUUGAAAUCGCAGCUCUUGCAGUUUGAAAAUUGCACUCCUUCAAAUGGGAUUUUGAUAAAAAAGGGAUUCAUCUUUCAGCCCUAGUGUUCACCAGUCCCACUGACAAAAUGUGAGUCUGGUUUGGUCUGAUGAUAGUAAAAGCAAAUGAGCGUAAUGUAGCUUUGUGGUGAAUGAUGUGCUGUUGGCUGUGUGCUUUAUCUGAUUGGUUGUUUUCUUUCAGAUGAAGAGUCGCUUGCAAUCUGCUGGCUUUGGAGUCACGUCAAGUUCAGGUUGCAAAGCGCAAUAGUAGGAACCUUGCAUUAAACUUUUUGAUGUCUGUAAUAGAUGUUAGGCUUUUAAGAACAAGAUUUUAGAUGGUACUGUGCUUACUUUUGUGCUUAGCUUACUUUUUUUCUCUGUUCACACUUCAUUCACCGUUUACUGAAAAGAAUACCAUACUGCAUGUGUCCUUGCAUGCCUCCAGCCCUCCACCUCCCCUCCACAAACACUUAAUAGAAUUUAGGGUACUGAUUGCUGAUAGGAAAUGAUGGUGUGUCUGUUUUACUAUUCACUGUUUUGAGUUGAAGGAAAAUGGCAAAUCUGCUGUGCUUAUGGAUUCUGGAAUGUUGUGAAAAUACUCAAUGAAGUCGACUGCAUUUGAGGUUUUAUGAUAAACUGUGACAAGAUGACUGCAGUCUUUUUUUUGUGCUGUAUUUUGUCACUGCUUAUUUACUGUCAAAUGAAUAACACUGUGUGUGUUCUUGUAGCAAAAAUAUCAUCCAGCCAAAGGAGAAAACUUGAUUCACAUUUUAUACCCACUCAUUUGCUGCGGGACAAAGAACUCUUUGUAUAUCUUCAUUAAAAAUCUUUGCAGCAUUUCAGUGGCACAACAGCCUUCAUCAAAGUCAGAGAACAGCAUUAGGAUGCCAAGAAGAGCCCUGUUGGGUUUUCACUUUUUUCCCAAGCCCCAACUUUUUACAAUUAAGAUCCACACCAGUUCCUACUAUUUGUGUAAGUAAUUGAACCUUAAAAUCCAUAGUGAUAGGUUAACUGUAGUACUAUGGGUCAAUGACAAAUAAGGGAUUUCAGUACGAUAAUAGAUAUGUAUUUUUAAACAGGACAAUGAAUUUUAUCACCUAGAAAAUGUCAAGUGGUGCUACCACUCUGUUUUUAAACAUAGAUUUUAAAUUAUUAAAGACUCCUGAAAACAUAUCUAAAAUAUUUUUUGUCCUACAUCCAUGUAAACCUUUGUCUUUGAGCUAUGAAAGUUAUAAACUAUUGAACAAAACACAUAUUUUAAAAAAUAAAUAAAAGUUUUCAAUGUUGUCUGGGCUCACACCACCUGGUUUGGUUUACUGAACUAACCUAACCAGGACUGAAAAAUGACAAAUUUUUCUGUAUUUGUUAAAGGGCUACUAACCUUGGUAUUGCACCAUGAAGGUCACUUAGGGUCUUCUUUAUAAUGCAGUACACUGCCAGUUUGUUAAAAAAAUUGUCUAAGACUUUGUUGUUGGUUGCGCCUUACAUGACAUUUGAGGAAAUCAAUAUUUAUGGACAAAAGUUUUUCACCCCUUAAAUGGUGAGGGCCCACCGGCACGCCCAAAGUUUUGUAACACACUUUUAACCCGAGAUUGGCUCAGCCAAUUUGCACUCAAGUCCCUGUAGUUACUGAAUAAAAAGCCUCAGUAUGUAUAAAGCCUGGGAUUCUAAGGGGUUAAAGUUUUCCUUCUUGGCAAAAUUUUAGGAGUUUAAAGGUUACAAACAUAAAAUCAUGCCAAACUAUUUUAUUUUGAAUUUUAUACAACAUCACUCUUUUUAAUUUAUUAUUUAUUUAAUUUAGUUUAUUUAAUCUGCAUGUAUGGUUGCACCACCUGACAUUUUUAGACUUUGUGAGAAAUAGGUUUUAUUUUUGACACACAGAAAAUGUAUUCACAUAAAGUAGGUAUUGCAGAAUGAUAUGUAUUAUUAAAUUAUUUAUAGGAAAAUAAUAGAUUUGGGCACAAAAAAUGCAUAUCAUUGACCCAUAUACUGUGAAUGAGUAGGAAUGCACCAUAUUUGUUUGUUUCUGCUGAUAAUGAUGCUUAUUAAUUUAAGCAAUAAAAACAUUAAAUCUGACGCAUCAAACAUUUCAGGCUGCAGGGCUAUGAAAAUAAUGAAAAUUGCCCAUUGAUUACGUCUGGUCUGUUUCAAAACAGGAGCUAAUACAUAAUGCAUAAUACUUAAGGCAUGCUUAAGGCUAGUUAAUGCACCUGCACUGCAUUUAUAAAAGUCACAUCCUAAUAACCAGAGGUAAGUGGAUUUUAAGCAAUUACCUGCUAAUAUCAUUACAGUACCAAUAUUAUUGUGCAUCUCUAUGAGGCAGUAAAUAAAACUAUGUAAGUAUAACUGAUUUUUUGUUGUUUUUGUUUUUUACUUGCCACAAAUAAACAACCAUUUGAAAUAGGUACCCACAUCCCAACAUAAAUUUCACAUACUUUUAAAUAGAACAGUAAAUGGCUUGUUUUGUUCCAUUUUAUAUUAUAUUUUAUAUUUUAACAGAAGAUUGUUUAAAACAGAGGCUGCAUAUAUAUAUGCGUAUACAUAUACAUAUAUGCCGCAUAAUUGAGGUGUUUGGGAUGUGUUUUGGGAUUGUUUGUUUUGGGAUUUUUUCAUGUGUACCUUUUCAGUGUCUUAAAUUUGUUAGAUUAGACAUGUGAUGACUGUUGCUGGGGUUAUAAUAUCUGAAAUAUAGGCGAGGCAUAAAGCUUUUGAUUUUGAUCUGCAUUUUGUUGAAUGAACAUUUAAAAUCGUUUGAAAUUUUGUUCACAUAACCUUCUAUGCAGGAGGCAGUCAGAACAUCUCUGUGGCUGAGUAUGAGUGCUGUUUUUAACUAACCUGAUUACAAUAUUUCAAUAACUAAUGCAGUUAGAUACUUUGACCAUUUCAGUGCAAGUACAGUUGUGAAUAAAGAUAGUUUUCCAGAUACAGCUGAAACCUAGUCUUGAACGAAAUAAAGUUAUAUGCAAAAGUUUGGCUGCCCCGGUCACAUUACAUGUUAGUUUUCUGGAUGAAUAUAAGAUAACACAUCCUCUGCAGACGUGCUUUUGCAGAUUUUAAUGCAUAAUGAUUGUUUAUGUGCUGAAUUUAACAUGUUGAGGGAAAGAAAACUUAAAAGUUGACCUGUGAAAAAGUUUAUGUUUUCCAUUUUAUGUUUUUUUCAAUACUGCAAAUAAAUGGAAAUUGUGCACUAAAAUGAGCAGAAAAAUGACAUAUUUACGUUUGUCCCCUGUAGAGAAUGUGUUAACUUAUUUUCACUUAGAAAAUCAAAGAAACGUAAUUUGACUGGGGUUGUUCAAACUAUUGCAUAUGACUACAUCCAUAUUUUGGUUCUUGUAGUCUGAGACUAGGCUUAGCUGUGUGGUAAACUGACAUUCAAUAUCUAAUGUAUGAAAAGACCUUGGUAUUUUAAGGUUGUAACUGACAAAACUGAAUUACUAAUGUUGGAAGACUAAAACAAGUAACUAUUAUUUGAACUCUUAGAUACCAUAAUUAUAGAUUUCAAACAUGAGGAAUCAAAAACCUCAUGGACAUGUGGAACAUGAGACCUUAAAUUAGACCUACAGUUUUGUCAGACUGAACCAUAUGAUUCUAAGGUCUUGUUAUAAAUAUGCCUGAUCAUGCUUAAGGAUUCUUGAAAGGCAUCAUGCUUGCAUUGUUUUUUUUUCUUCUAGUGACUUAAUACAGUACGAGCAUUCCUAUCUUUGCACACAGCACUUGAUUGCCAUUCUCUGUGAUUGUUGCAAGCUUUUUGUUUCUCAUACUUUGCUCUUCAAACAGCUUUUUUCCCUUAACAACUGUAUGAUUUGUUCAUGAAACAAGCUUUUCAAUAACUUAAUUGUUAUUUUAUUAUAAGCAUGGUUGCAAGAUAAGUUAAAGGGUCUGUUUAUUAUAAAAUUAUGCUGUAAGUUCUGCCAUAAGUGGUAUACUGUUUUUCCUGUUGGCUGUAAAUGGCAUGUUUUUGUUCUUAUCACUUUCUGAUUGUUGUAUAUAUGAUAAUAAUGUACUAGCCUUUGUUUAACAUGAAAAAACAAGCAGAUUUGGCAAAAUUUUGUUUUUGUUAUAACAAGGAUAUUUAUUUUUGCUGUAAAGUGGACUCAGAAAAUCCUUUUUUUCCAGAAUUGUCUGGUGAAUGUCCAAAUGUAGCUGCCUUAGAUUUAAAUAAAAAUAACUUCAUCAAAUACAUGUAUGCACACACACACACACACACACACACACACACACGUAUUAUCUAAACCCUUUAUCCUCUUGGGUUGUGGUGCUGGAGUCUAUCCCAGCGCUCAUUGGGCGGAAAGCAGGAAACACCCAGGACAGGCCGCCAGUCCAUCACAGGGCAGACACACAGAUAUAUACACUCACACACGCAUUCACACCAAUUUAGCAUCUUCAGUUCGUUUGACUUCAUGUUUUUGGACUGUGGAAGGAAACCGAAGCACCCAGAGGAAACCCAUGCAGAUUUAUGUGUAUAUUGUUCAUAAAAUAUAUUUAGAUUUAAAAAUGAUCUGUGAAGUGAUGAUCUGGGAUCAGCUUAUCACCUGAAUCUGCAGAAUUCAUUUGUGUAGUAAGCUCAUCUCAUACCAGGCUUUCUACUGGUAAACACAGUCAAAAUAACAGCCACUGUAUAAUCAUUACCUUUUCUGCUUGGUCUCAGGCUUUUUCCAGCGCACCAACAAACUGUUCCUGAGAGAACGGGCCAAUUGGGUCCAGCUCAAGGAGUUUGCCCGUAAAAAUGCUGCCAAUGCUCUGUCUGUUGCCAACAUGGUCAUGGGGAUGGCUUCCAUUCUCAGCAGUCUAAACGGCCACCAUUAUGCUGCAUGCUGGCUAGUGCUGAUUGGUUACCUGCUGGAUUUGGCAGAUGGAGCAGUUGCUAGGCGACUGAACGCCUGUUCUGCGUUGGGUGCCAAACUGGACGAUUUUGCUGAUUUCACAACUUUUGGAAUUGCAACCUCUCUGCUACUAAGGACUCCUAGUCUCCUGGAUAACCUCCUCUGCACGUGCUAUGUGCUUUCUGUGUUAGUCCGCCUCGUCUUCUUCUCUAGCGGUAUUCCUUUCAUGUACCGUGGCUUGCCAUGCAUCUAUUCUUCUGCCAUUCUCUCCUGCACAUCUCUCCUUACUGGGGGGAAUAUGGCUGUGCUUCGAGUCACUGCUGUGGCCAUGAUCCUCUUUAUGGUGAGCCAGGGCUUCUAUCCUCAUGACAGGGUGCUGGAAUCCCAGGCCUGGAAGAAAGUGGUUUAUGUUGGAGGUGUUGUAAUGGUCUUCUGCUCCUCAUUCCCACCUGCUUGUGUGUACUACUUGCUAUGGUCAGUUUCGUACAUUUUGUUCCCAACGGCCCUGUGGAGCUGCAAAGUGUAACAACAUCCGUGAUCUGGCCCAAACUCUGACACUCCAGGUUUGAAGAAGGCCUGUAUGGCCCCAUUGGAACCUUCUGCUGCUUGUUGCCAUGGAGGAUCAAACCAUUGCUCAAUCUAAGAAACUCUGGACAUUGUAUGCUGUUUGUUUUUUAUUGUUUUAGUUUUGAGGUGAUGAAUUUCAAGGUCAUGAUGAUGAAAUCUGCCUGACCUAGAGAGCAAAAUGGCCUUUUUGCAGGCUGCCUCAGAAGUGCUUUUGUAUUUGAGUGAUCCAAGGACCAGUGACUUUGAAUGUUGUGUUCACAGAGGUUGACGCAGAAGUAUUCUGUUGUCUCUGAUGCGUGUGGCGAUGGCACCGAAUCACAGAAACGGAUUCCGUCAAAACGUCAGACAAUGUCAACUUUGCUGUGAAUAAUAUUAUUUUGGUGGAUUUGUUUUUAGGAGUAUAUUUUUCUGGUUACUGUUGGAAAAUAGAUGAGAACUACUGAUUAGAACAAGUAUUUAAUGUAUAUAUUUACAGUAAUUGGCACGUCUGUAUUGGCAGAACAGAUAUUUGAUUUAAAGGGAAAUAACAUACUCAUCCAUUGGCAUUUAAAAUAUUAUCAGUACAUUAAUGCAGUAUUUUUAAGAGGUGACUGGCAUUUGAUUUAGCUUGUUUUACUGCCAGUGGUUGGUUUAGUGACACGUAGGCCACACUACAUAGUAAAAGCCACUACAGUAUCAUGCAGAUAAAGGCUUCAGGGAAUUAGCUCACCUACUAUCUGGAUUAAGUGUGACUUUGGUAAAUAAUGUGCAUCCUACAGUAGCCCCCUCCAAACUAAUGGCAGAGGACCAUUUUAGGCAGCAGUUGGUUUCAUUUGGGAGAUGAUUUUAAGAUCCUGCCAAAGUGUUUUGCUGGUCUAGCUGUGCACCUGUUUUAAGGGAUUUUCCUCCAUGCUCAGUUUACUGCAUAUGUCCAGGGAAAUCAUCUUCCAUAAAUAGCCUAAAUGUACUGUUUACAGGUUUAAUGGAAGAUAACAAAACACUGUAACACAACAGGCAUUAUUUUGUGUGAAGUUGCACCACUUGUGUUGAACUUUUAUUAAAAAAGGAGUGGUGUAUAAGUCAUCACAUUUUUCACUUUUGAUUUAGAUGUGCUCAGUAGUCUGUUCCAUCUUUAAUAAACUGACAAUUGUGAACACAUUAAAAAAUGCUGCUGUCAUCAAUGGAAAGACAGCUCCGGUGCAGUGUAAUCUGCUGCACAUGCAGACAGCUUCCUAAAAGUUUAUUUUAGAAGGAAGCUGUGUUAAACACUCAAGGCGGCAGACCUGCCUUCUUCAUGUAUUCACAGAUGUCUGUUGUUUGUGCUGCAGAUAGGGGUUUCGUAUCAGCCAGGUGGAUGUACGACUCCAGCAGUUUGAUGAUAGCAGGGUACACUGGGCGGUCCUUAAAGUCCCACAUGCAACAAUAUUUCAUGAGGUCAUACCUGCAAGAGAGGGCGCAAAUAAACAUGGUAAAGAGGAUAACUGAAUGCUAGCUAGUAGUCACCAGUUAGCAUGAUGUUAUUUCCUUAAUGCUAAUUGAUAGCUAUUUGCUCUCAUUGUCUUUCAGCAGUAUUAGAGGUUGUGUUCUGUUGCUCUAAUGCUGCCUUUGCAUGACUUACAACAUUGCAUAAACAGAUAAUUUUAGUAACAUUAUGCUCAGUGGUAAUAUUUGAAUUGAUCUGUCUUUUGACAUACAGGGCUCCUCCGCAGUUCUGUGGUCUUUUUAUCUUGUAAGUGGCUAAAGUUUUGGGGCACACCUCUGAUGGAUCCAGUUCAGGGAAGGGAGGAGCACCUUAUAAGAGAGAUGGUAGAUGAUAGAUGUGAGUAUUUUGGUGUGAGUAUUGUAAGUAUUUCAGUAGACAUUAAAACGUCCUCUUGAUUAGAGUUCAAAUGUCCAAAUUUCCCAUUGAAAUUAUUCCAUGGUGCAAAGGCAGCAGAUGUACAGUUUAUCUUGAAAAAACAGUCAAUAAUGUCAGAGAAAUGUUGAUACCUUACCUAAAGUUAUCAGCUCAUAAAGGAGGAUUCCAAAAGACCACCUGGAACAUUUGAUAAAUAUUAUAUAUGUAUUCUGUAAAGAGUCAUCACUGCAGAGAGCUUACUGAAGAUGUGAGAAGCAAGUAGUGGUCCAGAGUUAAAGGCACUCCAACAGCUAGUGUAAAAUACUGUACAAUUGUGUACCUUAUACUAUAAAAAUGUGGAGGUAUAUAAAUAAAAAUGUUAAAUUGAUUUUGUGCAAUAAAAAAUAAAAAUGUUUUAAUGAAA